ACAGUUAACAGUAUAAGAUAUUAAGAAAGGCAAGAACCACAUUGAAAUGAUAGGGUGCAAAAUCUCUUUUGUCUGGAUCAAUUUGUACUGGUUUCCGCCUCCACCAUUGCCGGUUUACUGUGGGAUGAUGUAAUAAUUUCUGCCGUUUAGCAUUAUUUCACCAUCGAUCCUACUCAUUUACACGCUAGUUGGUAGAAGUUUUGAAUAAGUAUUUAGUUGUGCAAUGGAUCCCUCUAUCAUGAAGCAACUCAAAGAGGAUGAGGUGUGUGUACCCGAUGAUGAUAACAUGCUAUACCCUAAGUGACAAGGACAUUUGAGUACUUGUGGAGAAGAUACUUAGGGUUCAACCAAACGUGAAAAAGUUGUACCUUCUUGUAAGGCCUAGAGAUGCUCAGGCAGCCGAUGUUCGGGUGCAAGAUGAGGUUUUAGGCAUGGAGUUGUUCAAAGUGUUAAAAGAAAAUUUGGGAACAAAUUUUGAGGCUUUCAUGUCGGAGAAAAUAAGUGUAGUUGCUGGUGAUAUUUCGUACGAGAACUUGGGAGUUACUACUGAUCAAAUGAAAGAUAUGUACAAGAGAAUAGAUAUAGUUAUUAAUGUUGCAGCAACUACAAAAUUUGAUGAAAGGUAUGACAUUGCACUGGGCGUGAACACCCUUGGAGCAAGAAACGUCGUAAAAUUUGCCAAGACUUGUGCUAAUAUACAGUUGCUCAUCCAUGUCUCAACUGCGUUCGUGUGUGGAGAGAAAAAAGGAUUAAUAUUUGAAAGUCCAUAUGCCAUGGGUGAGACACUAAAUGGUGUAAAUGGGUUGGAUAUUGAUUAUGAGAAGAAGCUUGCUGAACAAACAUUAAGUAAUCUUAAAGCCAAAGAUCUUCCCGAAAAAGAAAUCAGACUAAUGAUGCAAAAUUUAGGGAAUCAAAGGGCAAAACAUUACGGAUGGCCAAAUACUUACGUUUUUACAAAGGCAAUGGGAGAGAUGCUUGUAGGGCAUUUCCGAGGCAAUUUACCAGUGGUUAUCAUGAGGCCUACCAUCGUGUGUAGCACAUUGAAAGAACCUUUUCCUGGUUGGGUUGAAGGUUGCAGGACUAUUGAUAGUGUGGCCGUGACCUAUGGAAAAGGUAUCCUAAGUAUCUUUCCUAUAGAUAGGAAUAUGGUCUUUGACUUGAUACCUGCAGAUAUGUUUGUGAAUUCGAUAAUUGUGGCAAUGAAAACCCAUGUCCGUAUACCUUGUUUGACAAUAUAUCAAGUCGGAACCUCAUACAGAAAUCCUGUAACUUUUAAAGAGUUGCAUGACAUCCACUAUCAUUACUUCACUAACAAUCCAUGGAGCAAUGGUGAAGGUAACCCUGUCAUAAUUCGGAAAUGUCUUGUGUUGAACAACAUACAGAUAUUCGAAAUCAUUCUCUUCGUAUGUCAAUUUUUUAUUCAAACCAUUCUAUUAUUUGCUACUAGAAUGGGUCUUAGUGACUUGCAACGUACCUUGUUUAAUUUCGACAAAAAGCUGAAAAAAGCUAUGAAAUUGGUCAACUUGUACAAACCCUACUUGUUCUUUAACAGCAUAUUCGUCGAUACAAAUACCGAAAAUUUGAUCAAAACUGCCCGUGAAAAUGGUUUGGAUGAAGAUGUGUUUAACUUCGAUCCGUUGUGCAUCAAUUGGAAAGACUACUUCAUCAAUAUUCACAUUCCAUCAAUUGUUAAAUAUUUGUUCUAGUUGGUAUCUUUGUCAGAUUUGCAAGGCCUUGAUCAACAUGUUAUUAGUUCGAUCAAUUUCUUAAACAAUCUAGUAACUAUGCACUCUUCGGCCUCAUUUAAACAAAGAGUUGAUGUAUCAUAUAUAUAAAUCUCGAAUACUCAUGUAUGUGGAAAAUUUUAUUUGCGAAGACUAUAUUAUAUAAUUAAAUCAAUAAGAGUUAGUACAUAUAAUAAAAUUUUUAAUUUUUGUUGC